UGUCAGACUGUAAAAGUCAUAGAGAAAAAUAAACAAAACAAAUCAAAUAUGUUAUCCUUGGUGGCUGAUUAUCAAACAUCUAGCAGUAACGGAGAUGAUUCCGAUCAGGAAAUAAAUUAUAAAUCAAAUAACAAAGAACUCACAACAACUGCAAAAACAAAACUUUUACCGAGUGCCAGCGAUUUAUUAAAAUCGUCAUCAUGUCGGACGCAGGGAGAAGUGUUCACAAACAAAUUUUUAGAAGCAGAAAGAGCUGGAAUUGAUAAAUUGCAGAAACAUGUUAAAAUGGUUGAAUCCAAAGAUCAUAUUACACAAAAAAAUGGCCGUAAAAUAUGUUGGAAUAAUCGCAGAGGACGCUGUAGAUUUGGCAGCAAAUGCAAAUAUGCCCACGAAUCCGAUUUAAUAGUAGAUGAGAGUGAAAAAAUGAAAGGUGCAUCUUCGUCACCUAAAAUUGCCGCUAAUGCCAUAAGCAAAUCCGCCUGUUCCAUUAUUAUGACUGAAGAGUCAAACGCAUCCGGUGGAAAAUCUAAAACAUGCAAACGGCCCAGGAUAGAGUGAUAGUACAAAUAGUACAGAAAGCAACAACAAAAUUCCAUAUUAUAAUUAAACAAAGGUUAAGAAGAACAAACAAAACUAGCUUAUGCUUAC